AUGGAUUUCUCUGUUGAGGCAAAUGGUGUGUGGCUGGACGCCCCGAAACAACCGGACGGAACUUCAUGCGGUGUGUUGUGCAUCGCACAGACAUACGCCAUGUUAAAGUACAAUUUUCGUUUGACAUCAGUGGCUACUACGGGAGGCGAGAUUUCUAUCACGCGACUUCGUAUCAUGUGGGUCAUCCUGAUGCAGCUCGAUGUGACUACGGCAUCAAACAAACGUGCUAAAGCAGUAGAGGCAACCGGACCAAAGUUAUUUAAAGCAUUCAAGAUAUUAAAAAAAUAA